CUGCUGCCCUUUGGCUGCUGGUGCUCUUGCUGCUGCUGCUGCUGCUGCUGCUGCUGCUGAUGAUGAUCCUGACACUGCUCCGUCUGCUGCUGCUGCCUCUGAUCCCGCUGUUGUCGCCCCUGCUGCUGCUCCUACUGCUCCUGCUUCUGAAUCGCCUCCUGAGAGCUCCUCCGACAUUCUCUCCCACUGGCAGGGCCUGUCCUUCCCCCAAGCGCUCUCACUCUUUAAGCGCUACAAGGCUGCCCUUAACCGCCACUGCCACGCCAACAGCCUGCUUUGGGCCUCCUGCCGCCCGGGCAGCUCCGACAAUUUCCUUUUCUGCCCGACCCUGCCCUGGCCGAGGAGGGAAGCAGAGGAGGGAGGGGAAGCAAGAGAUGGGAAAGAGGAGCAAGACCAGGAGAGAAAAGGGAAGGCGGAUGAGGGAAAGGAGACGGCAGAGGAGAGAAAGGAGAAGGCAGGGGAGGGACGGGCGGAAACUGCGGAGGGAGGGGAGGAGCGAGACGAUUCGAGCAUGGUGGCGCACUUCCAGAGGCACUGGGAGAGGGGGAGCCAGUGGUGGUGCGGCGGGUGCUGGACCUGCAGCACGGGCUGAGCUGGGAGCCGCUGGUGAUGUGGCGUGCGUUCCGGGAGACGACCCAGGGCGCGCAGAUGAGCGAGAAGACCACGGUUGUUGCCAUUGACUGCCUCGACUGGCUCGAGGUGGAGAUCAACACGCGGCAGUUCUUUGAAGGCUACUGGUCAGGGCGCAUGCACGCGUCGUCCUGGCCCGAGCUCCUGAAGCUCAAGGACUGGCCGCCCUCCUCGCACUUCCACCUGCGCCUGCCCCGCCACGGCUCCGAGUUCGUCAACGCCCUGCCCUUCCACGCCUACCUGCACCCCGA